AUGGAGGAACGUUCAACUACGAAUUUGAAUAGACUUGAAGCAUUUCACCGCGAGCAUGUGAAUAAACAAGCGGAAUUUGUUGAUCCAUUAGUUGAAGACCAAUAUACCCAGCAUGUAAUCGACUCCGGUGGUGAUCCAGACUCUAUUGAUUGGAUCACAAUGUUUGAGAAGCUGUUAUAUGCUCGAAGGGGGAAUGAUGUGGAUGUCAAUGCUUCUCUCCAAAACCCGACGUUUGUGACGACAAUUGGAGAUAUUAUUUGCUCAUUUAAGAACCAAGUAAACAACCACGGAGAAGAUGAAGAUGCCUAG